UUGACUCUGCUCUGUCACUUUUUUUAGCUGAGAGCUAUUUGUCUUCACUCUAAGAGUGAAUCGGAGGAGAAGAAAAAUGGAGAAGGUGUUAACGAAAGUGACGAGCUUCAAAGUGGGAGGUUCAUGGGUUUCGAAGAAAGCCAAGGAAGAGCUCACCAACAUCACCAAUGACCUCACCACUUUCUCUAGUACCGUUGAAGAGAAAGCCAAAUGGGUUUUCAACAAGCUUAAAGGAAAGCCACUGAAAAGCUUACCAGAUUUACUUAAGGAAUACAACUUACCACCAGGACUCUUCCCACAAAACAUAAUCUGCUACGAAUUCGAUGAGACCAAGAACAAACUCACUGUCUUCUUCUCUACACCGUGCGAAGUCACAUUCAAAGACGGAUCAGCGAUAAGGUACGCCACGCGCGUUAAAGGGAUCUUGCUUAGAGGGAAACUGAUGGGUGUUGAAGGGAUGAAGACGAAAGUGUUGGUUUGGGUUAAAGUCACCACAGUCUCAGUCGAGAGCUCGAAGUCCGACAAGCUCUGGUUCACUGCUGGUGUCAAGAAAUCUCGGUCCAAGAAUGUUUACGACACACCUCAUGACGCUAUCAAAGUCGUUGGAGAGUUCUAGAAUAUGUUGUUUUCAACGGUUAUUACCAUAUUUGAUUCAUAAUUGGUUAUUUGGUUUUAUUGCACCUUGGGAAGAGGUAUAUAUAUAACUCUUAUCUUGGUUAAAUGCGUUUCUUGUUGGCCUCCCUAGAUCUCAUUAUCACUUGUGUUUUGUUUCAGUUA